AUGCAAACAGGCGUCGAAUUCGAAAUCGAACCGAUCUCUGGCCGAGAAGCUGCUCAAAAAAAUUUUUUUCGUCACUCUUCCUGAAAAAAAGCCGCAAAGUACUCAAAUCGGAGAGUUUCACUGAAUGAACGGUUUUCGAUAAUAGGCUUGUUUUUUAUUUCUUAAAGUCAGAUUCAAUUAGGAAUUUUUAUUUUCAGAAAGAGGAUAUGUUUUAACGCCGUCGUCCAUGCCUGACCGUCAAGCUCCAAUUGUCAAAGUGCUACCGACCGAAAAGCAAACCAAAGAAUCAAGUGAAAUAUUUAUGAGAAAUGUGCGUUUGGAUUCUUCUCAAUCAACAAUAUUUUCAAUUGUAUAAGUGCUCUUGAUAUUCAUCUUCUUACUUUUAGCAACUCGAGGAAACAGCACGAUAUGAGGCGCGACAAGAAAAAAUUAAUUCGGUAUGUUUUUAUUUUUUUUUUUCAAAUUUAUUAUGAUCCCGUUAUGAGAACUUGUUGACGUGAUUUUUUCAGGGCGAAAACAACAAAGAGAAUGUUACUCCAUGAAGUUUUCAGUAUAAAUUGUGUUUCAUUAAUUGUUCAUUUUGCCGAAAUCGAAACAACUUUCAUGAAAUGUAAAUUAGCACGUCUUUUACUGAUAAAUAAUUUGUUUCAAAUCGUUUUCAGCGUGAUUUGAAUAUAAAAUAUUGGAUGGGUUGGUCAUUUCUUGAUUGUGAAGCGGCAGGGAGUUUUUUUGGUUAGUUUUAUGCCGUGUUCAAAGUAAUUUCGGCGAUUUUAAAAUUGACGCGUUAUCCGUUUAAAAUAAUUUCGGGAAAUAGGAAAAAUAGGAAUUCCGAGAGGGCGCAGAAAAAAUGAACCCUACAAUGAUAUAUCGCAAGAUAUGCAUUUUCUUGAAAUCAUUUUUAACGAAUAAAGAGUCAAUUAUGAACUUGCCGAAAUUACUUUGAAAACAACAAUUUUAUUCAACCAUCUUUAGUUUUCAAAAAAUGCUGGAGAGUUUCUAGGCUUUUUCUAUCGAAGAAGUUAUGACAGUACUGGAAGUGGUACUUUCUGUAAUUUUGGCGAUUGCCCUGCUUCUUCUCAUCCUUCUUUCAUUUUUGUUGCGAGCUGCGCUGAAGUGAGAUUUUUUUAAUCGAUUUUUAUUGAGGUUUUUCGGAGAAUCUAAUUUUUGAUAACUGUUAACUGAAUUAUUAAGGGAAAAAGAAUCCAAUAAUUAAAAGGUUUGAAAAAGAAUUUGAAAACGGUUCUUUGAUUUUAAUGAAGUUUUACCUACUUUACAAUCUCUAGGUAAGAUUUUCGAUCGUAUUUUGUUUCUAAUUUCAAAAGGCGUUGCACUGGAGCAAUAAAAUAUUCGGAGUUGUUCUCAUCAAUUUUAGAUCUCGAAACGGGGAAAGGCAAAAUUCUAGGAAGAACAGUACUACUGAGCUUGUUUCUGCAACCUCUCCAGUCCCUCAGAAUGACAACAGGUUUUUGUGCUGAAGCAUUUUUGUAACGAUUUUUGAUUCUUUCGAAACAGAUCGUUUUUUUAAGAUCGGAUCGUGAAGAGUAUCAGAAGAAAAAAUUAAACGAGAAUGUGGAAGCUGGUCAUGUUAAAAGAUCCAAGGAACCAGGCAAUUUUACCGCGAAAAGAUCGAAAGAAACGAACAAAGAUCAUGCGCCUCGAUCCGAAUUAGACAACGUUUUUUUUUUCAUUUUCACGUCCUAUUAUUAGUCCUAGAAAACUUCUUUUUCAUUUAUAGCUUUUUCAAAAAAGAUAAUAAAAAAAUAAAUAAACACUAUCGAUUAGCAGAACACGGGGCCACCGCCUAUAGAAAGAAGCUUACGCCAGGUUGAGCAUUUUUUUCGAGCAAUGUUGCGAGAAUUGUCAUUGGCAGAUUUUGUCGGAGCCCGUGAGCCGACACGAAUUCGAAAAAUACAUGACGUCGGUGGUCAAGUUUGUGAAUGAUUAUUUUGACGACUCUCACACUCAUUCGGUGAUUCCUGGCGAGUUUCUCGAGAAAUUCAGAGACAUCAAGGAAAACUUCCAGACACGGAUGUGAAGACGAAAAGUGACCUUUGCCGAAAAAUGAACACGCAAUUCUCCAAUAAACCUGCGUCGUGUGAGAAAAUUAUCGAGGACGUCAAGAAAAUCAUCCUGCCAAAUGUAAACUUCUUCUGUCUUUCUCGGGGUUUCAGAACUUUUUUGAGUCUUCAACGAGAGGUCAAGUUUGAAAAUAUAAGUUCUUCAAAAGUUCAAUGAUAUCUUCUUUUUCUUCUUACGACCUUUUACUGCUUGAGCGGCGUCGGUGCCCCAAGUCGAUGAGAGAAGGUCCUAUCCGGAUAUAAACCGUGAACUGGCUAUAGUGAAAUAUCCGUCUUUGGGUGUGAUGGCUGUGGUUUGGGAAGCCGUGGUUUCCCACUACCAAAAUUUCUCAAACCACUUCCAAUAUUAUUUCUGGAUUUGUUUACUGCUAACGGCACGUCUGUUCAAGGCGGCCGGUCGUAAUACGGUAGUCCGGAUAGAUUUUUCAGUAAUAAAAUUAAAAACAUAUCUAUAAAAAUGAUUUUGUUUCCUAGGUCUUAACUUAGUUCAAUCUCAAUAUGUGACUUUUAAAGGCAUAGGGGCAGUAAACAAUGGGGUUUCGAUGAAAGCAAUAUCUUAUAUAGUUUUUCUUUGCGAAUCGAAUCGUGUACUCAAAAAAAUUAAAGAUGUGAAAACUUUAGAAGAAAAACGCGAUUUUACUUUCGCGCUUUUAUUUUUGAAAAAAGCUUUGGAUCCGUGCUCAGACAACUGAUUACAGUAGCCGUACACGCGAUGUUGCGGACGCCUCAUUAGACUCGCAUUUUGUGAGAAAUAACCGGAUAUCUGCUUCAAAUUAAAGGUUUCUUCUCUGAAAAAACAUUUAAUCAAACAAAAAACACACAUUGAUAAUAAAGAAAACACAAAAUAUCGCUAUCCCAAUCGAAACCUGUGUAAAAUCAUCAUUUUUCACCGAAGAAGCAUUUUUGCGAUCAAAGUUUGCAAAUUAUACAUGAAUAGAAAGCUUUUGUGACGAAAAGAACUUUGGUGACAACAGAAAAAAUUGAAAUUUGAAAGAAACGAAGAAAAAAGCGAAAAUCCGGAAGAUGGCGAAGCCUGUUGUCCAUAGAGCAACUUUACUACAAAGCGCCCUUUUCGCGGGAACUCAAGAUUUCAUUUCUCCGACUUUGAAUUAUUUUUUCUCCGAAACUAAGAAAUUCGGUACGUUUUCAAGUUUACCGUUCGAUUCGCAAUGAAAAGCUCUACAAAGUACUGCUUUGAACUGAAACACCGUUUUUUACUGCCCCUAUGCCUUUAAGAGUGGAAAAUAAUAGCAAGUUUACAUUAAAAAUGGCUUCUUUUAUGAGUAAAUCCUCUAUUAUUCUCAUUUUCGAUGUGCCAUGCUCAACAUCCACGAUAUCACGCAAGUUUUUCUGGCAGAUCUCUCGCCGACAUUCUUGCCAACACGAUCGCUUCUGCUCUGGGUUGUGAUUUGGUGCUCUCUUCCUUUUCCUACCUCAUUAAAAAAAAAUUUUUUUGUCUAGAAAUCUUCCGUGCUGUUCGAAGGUUUGGAAAGCAUUCUCUGUGCCUGGCUUAGCUCGGCCUUUGGUCUACCGAGCCAGUAUACACCAAUCAAUAAGCCGGUUAUUAUGGUUUUGAAAAUUUAUGUACUCGAUUUUUUCAGAAUAUAAUCGAAGAAAAGUUUGUCGGGUUCACGUUUUACACGACGAUGGACGUCUAUUUGUCCCUGAUUCAACAUUCACGACACGUCGCUGACGUUUCUUUUUCCUCGAUAAUGACUUUUUGAAGCGAAGAGUUUUCACCGCCAGAUUGAGAAAAUAAUGACUUUUUAUACUGCUAAACUUUUUAAGUAGUUUUGCUGAUCUCGCGUUAGGCGGAGAUCGAACUGUAAUAAGUAAAAUCUUAUACAUUUUUUACAAAGAGACUGAACGAGAAACCUCUUCAAAUUUAGCUUAUAAGUGGCUAAACAAAAGGUCAUCUGAUUUGUUCGAUAGAUAUAUUUUGGCGACUCCUUUAUCAGUGAAAUUAGGAGAUUUCCAGAAGACUAAUUCGCACUCAGCUCGGGAAGUUCGCUUAUCAAUGGACUACGUUGUAUAUUGUGGAGAAGACGUUAAUUUCGAGCGUUUCUAAAAAAUAUUUUCGAAAAUUUAGGCACAGUUGCCUUUAGAAGAAGCCUGUAGACUGGCGCGGGUGAAGCUGCGACGAGUUCGCAAGUCUCCUUUGAGCAAAGUCGAAGGAUUGACUGGCGCUGAAGUGGCGAAACAGAUCGAGAAGGUCAGAAGAGCUGGACAUUUGUUUUUUCUAAAUAUUUUCCAUGAACUUCGGAAAUGCUCAAUUUUCAGUUUUCUGUGUGAAUUUAAAAAAUAAUACGGAUUUUUGAAAUUUGGUAUUUCUAGGACUGUCUAGUUCAUCAACGCAACUUUCGAUUACCUUUCAACAAAUUUUUAACGCGUCUACUAGUAAGACCACAUCACUUGUCAAAGAUUUUGAGCAAUACGUUUUUCGAAUACUUGUCGAAUUUUCCAGACGAGUUGAAGUUUUAGGAUCGUUCCCGAAAAUUGCAUCCUCUUUUGAUAGUCGCGACUUACGGAUCAGCCAACAUUGGCGCUACGGACAGCCUCUCAGAACUGAUCUCGUUGGCAGAGAAGUUGGUUUUCUCGGUCUCCCUCAUGUUAUGUGAAAACUUGUGCAGAUACAGGAUCAAAAUCCAUCUAGACGCGACCUACGCCGGUUGUCAAUGGGUCGAGCCACAGUAUCGCAACGCCAUUCAGUUUGAUUCUCCUGGGUUGCUGUACUUUUUAUGAUAUUCUUCCAGCUCUUCGUUGGCUUCCGUCCACUCAUUCCACGUUUCCCUCUUUACACUCUUUCCUUAUUCGGGCAGACUCACGAUCAUGUGGGCCAUCGAUGGGUUCAGCUUCGAAACCAGUGAGAAUACAUACUAGAAAAGAACCCACAACAAAGAAAAUUAAGUGAGCCAAAACGACAAUGCCCAUCAGAUGUCGGAAAAUGUUCUGCGACUUUGGCUUUUGUUGCGUUUUUACGGACUCGACUCGCUGAGAGCGACCGUCCGAAAGGUCUUUAUUUUGUUAUUUUUCUUUUGGCUCCGGUUUUUGAAUGAGAGUGGACAAAUAUAAUAGAGGUCCUGAAACUAGAAGUUUUUGGCGUUUUUCGAGACCCUUGUAAGACUUCGCGCUAAAAAAAUUUAGUGAUAAAUUUUGAACAGAUAUUCAAGUUUCCGAUUUCAGAAGGUUAAUCUUGGAAAGUAUUUCUCUGACCGGCUUGAGGUGCAUGAAAAAAUUUUCAAAGUUCUUUAUCACAACGAUCAUGGCAUCGUUCUGUUCCAAUACAUCAAGGUAGGAUCGCGAGAGACCUGAAGAUGAAUGAAUUUUGAAAAUGUCAGAAACAUGAAGAAACAAUGAACGAGGACGUGAACACGAUGACGUCCAAGUUCUUCAACUACGUCAACAGCACCUCGCAGAUGAAGCUCACUUUGUUGAAGGUGAAGACUUCUGGAAGUUUUUCGAAAAGCUAGACUUUUAGUAUCACGAGCUGGUGCUCAUUCGUGGCUGUGUCAACUACGAACGAAGCAACGCUUCGAUGGUCGACGAGUCCGUCUCGACGAUCCUCAACCUUGCCGAGGAGUUUGAGGAGAAGCUCAGUGAGUUUGGAGGGUUUGUGAAAAAUGAAAUCAUCCAGAAUGUCUCUAGAAGCCAAAAAAGUCUCCUUAUUUUUUUUCGAAAAAAGUUUAGGCUUUUGUUUUGAAUUCUUUCAAUAGCGGUUUAGAAUUCACAAAUAAGCAUCAAUAAAAAUAUUAAUAUGUUUUUUCCGGUUAGCGGGAAAUUCAAGGAUCUUCAUGUGCGCUUCAUUGAUAUAAUUUUAACACUGUGGAAUCUUUUUUUCCAAAAGAUUCAAGGACAUUUAGCCCUCCGUGACCAUUUUAUAAAAAAAUGCAUGAAAAUUCCUUUUUCGAAAAAAAUUAACAAAAAAACUGUCUUUCACCAAAUCUCGAAAAAAAUCCAUAACACUUUGAAGAAAGAUGUAGAAGUUGAAUUUGAGAAUUUUCACGCCGUAUCCAUGGUGCGCACAUGCCAACUCGGACACAUCCUUAUUUUUUUUUCUUGGAUUUUUUCCCAUUUCUUAAAAAAAGAAUAAAAAACUCUUUCUGCAGAAAAGAGACCGUUGGAGUGUCUUUCUUCGCCGACGUGGUAUCUGACUCCUUUGAUCGGCGGCUCUCCCAACGAAACCACCGACAAAACUCAGCCUUCCAACUUGUGA